AUCUUUUUUGUUGCACUUGCAACUUUUCGAAGAACCAAAAGCUAAAGAAUUUCUUCUCUUUUAUGAGGCAACUAUUUAUCAGAAAAGUAGCAAUAAAUCUCUCGAUAUCUCCAUUUUAUUCAAUCGUUAUAUUAAUUCUGACGCUGUUUUAUCUGUACGUUUACCUUGUGAUCUUGCGCUUGACGGCGAUCGAAGUAGCAUUCUUAACGAAAUUUGUGAGUGCAUUUAUUCUCGUUUAGAAACGCUAUACCAAACUUUUGUUAAAGACCUUGCUGAAGAUGCAGCCUGUACUGAAGAUUUUUUAAGCAUUAAUAAUAAUAAAGAAAAGUUUGAAAAGGUUAUGGCCUCUCUACAAACACGUGCUUCUGAUGCUGAAAAUGAAAGUUUUUACCUUCUCGAGCGUUUUCUUUUUUUCUUUUACGAUCUGAAUAUAAAAGUUGAUAUGAAGGAAUAUAUGGAAACUGUGAAGCUCACACCAGCGGAACUCAAACAGCAACCUUACUUAUGGCUUAGCAACAGUGCAUCUUUAUCCGAAUUAUCGGACGAAUGGGAUUUAUGUAGUCCAUCUGAACACGUGGAGAACAAUGCAGAAUGCGAGGCGGAGCAAGUUAAUACGAUAAAGACGAGCGCGCGCCCUCUCAGCACUGCAUCGCUUACAAACUAUUGCGUUUCGGAUAUUCUCGAAGUUUUAUCGUUAGAGAAGGACUAUGAAAGUUGGGUCGCAAAAGUUCCGAAGGAUAUUCUUAAGAAAACUAAAAAAGAUGAAGUAAAGCGGCAGGAACUUAUUUACGAGUUAUUCAAAACUGAAAGGAACUUUCUCUCUGCGAUGGUCGCUCUUAAGGAAGUUUUUCAGGACAGUAUUAUUCUUAAGGAUCUAUUGAAAACUGAAAAAGUAUACUCCAUCUUCGCUAAUUUGGACGAUAUUGUAAUGCUCAGCUACCAAAUGCACCGACGAAUGAAAGGGAAGGCAAUGCGGGAAUACGUCGUUUCUACGAUUGAUGAUUUGUUUGAUGAACAGUUUGAAUCAUACAAAUCAUUUGCAAUAUUUUGCUCGAAUCAGCCAAUCGCUAAGGACAUUUUGCACUUGGAGCGAAAAAAGAGUCCAGCGCUGGACCAGUUUCUUAUCGAAGCUGAAAGGGAUCCUCGUUGCAAUAGAAUGAAGAUGGAGGACAUGUUUAUUAUGCCUAUGCAAAGAAUUACUCGUUAUAAUUUGUUCUUACAAAAUCUAUACGAAAAGUCAAAAAAUGCAAAAGAUAAAGAAAGAAUAUAUUCUUGUCUUUCUCGAGUUGCCGGAGUGCUUAGUUAUGUAAACACGAGGACUAAACGGGUAGGAAAUAUUUACGAAUUAAAAAAAUUGCAGGACAUGCUUGUGCUAGAAAAUAAUGUUAAACUGGACUUGUGCGAUUCUCCACGUGACUUUAUACGGCAAGGCGAGCUCAUUGUUAAUUCCGCUGUUUCUGUAGAAGAAAUAAAAAAAUACGCCACCAAGCAUAGCAAAAAUGCUUAUAGCGUAGAAGGCGCUGAUAAAAAGAAGGACGGACAGGAAUCCUUAAAAAAAACUAUUAUUGUACUGAACGACAUGGUCAUAAUAGGAACUCUUUCAAAAAAUAAACUCAUUGUAAAAGAUGAACCUCUUCUUUUUACGGAAGUCCACGUGACUGACGGGAUCGGCGGAGGAUCUUUGAAAUCUUUUUUUCUGUUAAACAAAACAAAAAACUCGUUAACUGAAUUUGUUUGCUUUUCUGUUGCUGAAAAAAAGGCGUGGAUCAACGUUAUUAGUACUGCUGCAAAAGAAGCUUGUCUCGCGCAAUUACCAAUGAAAUAA